ACCAAAACACAAAUACUUCUCUACCUUAAUUUCAUUAUUUUCUUCUCUGUCUGAAUAUUAAUAUUCAAAGAUCAUGAGUUCAUCAGCUAAUAACUCCGGCGCAGCAUACCCUUCCCCACCUCAUUCCACAGCUCCAAGUCCUUAUUUUGUGCAGGCCCCACCACCUGCUGGUUAUCCAACAAGAGAUGGCCCAAAUCCCCAUGGACAUGCAGCUGUAGAAACUAAGUCAAAAGGUGAUGGCUUCUGGAAGGGAUGCUGUGCUGCCUUGUGCUGCUGUUGCGUUUUGGAUGCAUGUUUUUGAACAUCAUCCAGGAGAUUCUUGAAUUGCGAGCCCAAUUAUCCACAUAUAUAUAUAUAU